AUGGAGACUGUCAUCACGCACCCCUCGACCGCCGCUCAGGCCAAGAACUUCACCGCACCCGGCUCUUUGUCCUUCCCAGGUGGCGCUGGUGACCUCACCCCACCUUCAUCUGAGAAAGAUGGACAGCAGACUUCGCAGACAAACGGCGCAUACGGUUCUCAGCCUCAAGGUCAGCAGCAGCAGCCUGCUCAGCAAGCAGUCGCCGCUCAACAGGGCGCUGGGGUGACUCCCGCGACUCCUGCUGCUACGCCUGGCGCUGGUCAGGGUNNGAACAUUGUCGCCACGGUGAACCUUGACUGCAGACUCGAUCUGAAGACCAUUGCCCUCCACGCUCGUAAUGCAGAGUACAACCCCAAGCGUUUCGCCGCUGUUAUUAUGCGUAUCCGCGAGCCCAAGACUACCGCCCUGAUCUUCGCCUCUGGCAAGAUGGUCGUCACUGGUGCCAAGUCUGAGGACGACUCGAAGCUGGCUUCUCGCAAGUACGCUCGUAUCAUCCAGAAGCUCGGCUUCAACGCCAAGUUCACCGACUUCAAGAUUCAGAACAUCGUUGGCUCCUGCGACAUCAAGUUCCCUAUCCGUCUGGAAGGUCUUGCUGCCCGCCAUCACAUGUUCAGCUCUUACGAGCCUGAGUUGUUCCCUGGUCUCAUCUACAGAAUGAUGAAGCCCAAGAUUAUCGUUCUCACUGGAGCCAAGGUUCGUGAGGAGAUCUAUCAAGCCUUCGAGAUGAUCUACCCUGUGUUGUCCGACUUCCGCAAGGCUUAA